GAGGACCAAAUAAUCAUGAAACCACUUUUCAUUGCUUCCUCCCCUCAGCAAAGCAUAUUCUUUCCCAUUUGCUAUUACAAUUAAACUAUUAAGUCGGAUUCUCUCUCUUUUUCUCGCCAUUAGAUACAAAAAAAAUAUAUACAUAUAAUCAUCCAAAUCAUAGAGUCGGACUCAUUUGCCCUAAAUCGAAAAACCCUAGAAAUCGAGUCUUCAAUUUUUCCUUUUCUCUGUCCAGUUUCAGUCCCUGAUCUGAUCGAUCUGAAAAUAUGGAUGAAGAAUACGAUGUGAUUGUGCUUGGAACCGGUCUCAAGGAGUGCAUCCUCAGUGGUCUCCUCUCCGUCGAUGGCCUUAAGGUUCUGCAUAUGGAUAGAAAUGACUAUUAUGGAGGAGAAUCUACUUCACUUAAUCUUGUUCAGCUAUGGAAGAAGUUCAGAGGAAGUGAUAAUCCUCCAUCAAACCUCGGUUCUAGCCGGGAUUACAAUGUUGACAUGAUGCCAAAGUUUAUAAUGGCAAAUGGUGGUCUUGUAAGGGUCCUCAUUCAUACUGAUGUAACUAAAUACUUGUACUUCAAGGCUGUUGAUGGUAGCUUUGUCUAUAGCAAGGGCAAGGUUCACAAGGUUCCUGCAACUGACAUGGAGGCCCUUAAAUCUCCUUUGAUGGGUAUUUUUGAGAAGCGUCGUGCUCGCAAGUUCUUCAUAUAUGUCCAGGCUUAUAAUGAGAAUGAUCCAAAAACACAUGAAGGGAUGGAUCUGACACGAGUGACUACUAGGGAGUUCAUUGCAAAAUUUGGUCUUGAUGACAACACUAUGGACUUUAUUGGCCAUGCAUUGGCACUCUAUAGAGAUGAUCACUACUUGGAUGAGCCUGCAUUGGACACUGUUAAGAGAGUAAAGUUGUAUGAGGAGUCUCUAGCUCGUUUUGGAGGAGGUUCACCGUACAUUUACCCUCUGUAUGGGUUGGGAGAGCUUCCUCAGGCAUUCGCUCGUUUAAGUGCUGUCUAUGGUGGGACCUAUAUGUUGAACAAACCUGAGUGCAAGGUAGAGUUCGAUGAGGAAGGAAAAGUCUUGGGUGUCACAUCCGAAGGGGAAACAGCUAAGUGCAAGAAAGUUGUUUGUGAUCCUUCCUACUUGCCCAACAAGGUUAGGAAAGUUGGAAAAGUUGCUCGAGCAAUUGCAAUUAUGAGCCAUCCCAUUCCAAACACCAAUGAUUCUCAUUCAGUGCAGAUUAUUCUCCCUCAGAAACAGUUGGGUCGCCGCUCAGACAUGUAUGUAUUCUGUUCUUCUUACUCUCACAAUGUUGCACCAAAAGGAAAGUUCAUUGCAUUUGUCUCGACAGAAGCUGAGACUGAUCACCCUGAGACUGAACUUAAGCCGGGGAUAGAUCUUCUUGGGCCUGUGGACGAGAUAUUCUUUGAUAUUUAUGACAGAUAUGAACCAGUCAAUGAGCCUUCUCUUGACAAUUGUUUCGUAUCAACAAGUUAUGAUCCGACAACUCAUUUUGAGUCAACUGUUGUGGAUGUGCUCAAUAUGUAUACCAUGAUCACUGGAAAGGUUCUUGACCUCAAUGUGGAUCUAAGUGCUGCCAGUGCUGCUGAAGAAUGAGGAACUCUGUGUUUGUUGAUGCAUAUGUGCUACUCUCUGUUUUUAGCCUGCCAAACUCUUUAGAUAUAAGAUUUUGGCAGGAUCUGCUAUGUAAAAUUGGAUUGAGUUGAAUUUGAUCCUUUGUUUUCCUUGCAGAAUGUCCCAUAAAAUGCCUUAGUGUCAUCAGCUUCCUCUUGAAAAUUAUUUGUUUAUGCGGUUAUGGUCGGUGCUUUCAUCCUUUAACCUUUCUAGCUUCUACCCUUGGGAACUGCAUCAUUGAUAUGGUGCUAGGUUAGUUUGGAACUGGAGAAGGAUGCUUUCUGGAUAUAUUUUGUUGGAUUACUUAAGGGGGUGCUUGGGCAGCUCAAGAGUUUAGCCCUUUUGGAUGUCCUCUGGAUUCCAAAUGGCUAAUAUAAUUGAUCUCAGUUAUCCAUUUGCUAA